AUGCCAUUUCAAACCACAAAAGCACGAAUCCUUUCCGCCUGCUUCCAAAGCUUCACUCCCAAGAACGAACAAAAACGCCAACAAAUUGUUAGAGAGCUUGAAAUCAUUUAUCUAGAGAUUGAGAGAAACCGCUGGGGCUAUUGCUAUGAUGCACAUGACCUUGAGCUGUACAAUAUCGUAUUUCGUGGACUUUCACUCGAUAAAACCCCCACUGAAAACGAAGACACUUUUUUCAUUCCCAUGGCCAAGGAAGACCUGGAUAAGUACCCGCCAGAUCUUGCUCAUGAGGAUACAAAAACGACGGUUGAACGGUUACACCGUAUCUGGGACGAAGGGGAUUAUCCAGAUUGGGCCAAAGGACGUCACCCAGCCAAUCGACUCAAUGACCGACAGACUGAUGCAGAACGACUAUGCAAAUUCAUGAGAAAGCAGUUUGUUGAAAUAAAAAGAAAUGUUCCAAAUAGCACAGAUCGGACUACACUACCCACAGUUUCUGGGUGGAUUCGCACAUGUUACGGUGGCGCUCUGAUUGAUGAAGAGUUAUGCAAUGAUCUAUUUGACUCGUCUAUUUACAGUCUCCAUGACCCCCUUAAGGCAAGCAAUGGCCGCCCACACGCAAUGAUCAGCAUAUCCCAGGGCUACGAAUCUCGCAACGAAGGGCUUUACCGUCAUGAACUCCUCGCAAUUCUGGCUGUCAUAAUAUCCCAGUUCAAGAAGCCUUCGCUAAAGAAACACAAAGUCAUACCAGUCAAGGCGAUAUCGUUUACUGGACAGGAUGGCCGCCUCAUUGAGGCUCAUUACAACAGCAGCAUUUCGCGUCUCAUUUUCCGCGCGUCCGAUCUAUUCGACUUCUCGUCUUACGAGGUGGCGAUGAAAAAUUCCGAGCCAUUCCUGCGCCAUAUGGCGAGCGAAAGCACGGGCAAAACAGAAGCUCUGAAAUCUAAGUUGAAGUGGUUUUCUUGUCCUUUUUUCUUUUCCUACUUCCUUGUGAUCCUUCUGAUCACACUCACGCGUCAUUAUUUGGCUCAGAGGUGGUAG